CCGGGAAGGCCCCCGAAGCGCAUCCCAAAAGUCCCAAGAGGUCAUCCGUCAGCAAGCAGUUGUGGCUCAAGCCAUUUGGGCUCAAGGGUGCCCUGCCCGGACCCGCUUCCUCGUGGAGGCAGCUCUUGCUUAGGGGCACCAGCGAGAGACCUCCGCCCCUGAUUUCCCGGCGGUAUGAGCUUCUCUGGUUUUUGUGUUAACUGUUGUAAGCAAAUUCCAGUCGUGGGGCUCGCUUUCAGCUGGCCUCCGUCAUAUGAUGAUCUCGAGAAGAUGUUGCAGGUUUAUGCUCUGCUGACAGGCUUGGUACUGUCGAUGGUUGGGGGUUGCAUUUUCGAGAACUUCUCCCACAUCGACAAGGCUGCCGACAUAUAUGGCGCCCUUUUUGGAUCGCUUGAGUUGCUAUUCCUGGCGACAGUCACCAUCGUCUGCCUUUACAUAUAUUUAAUGAUGUUCGUUACGCAGGAAAAUAACGAUCUCGCCACAAAACAGGUUCGCAGAUGGUGGAGCAACGGUGGGAGGCUUAUCUUUGUUGCUCUUCCGGUUCUCGUGUUUACCUCUUGCUGGCAGUUCAUAAUGGCUGUCACGAUGUACUUCGAGGGCAUGUUUGAUCAUAUGGAUGUCCAGUUCGAUUAUGGGUGCAUGAAGAGUUGGUUCACGCUGCCCAUAGUUUCAUUCCUGGCAUUCUUUACCAUACACAAGAGUUUCCUCUCAGCGGGAUGGAAUGAGCAAGAUUACGAGAGCUUGUCAGAGGACUGGGAUGACUGCUUCUCCUCGUGAAAUGCAGCAAACCCAGUUUCAACCCGGAACAACAUAAUGCUGCAAUCGUUAUCUGCAUACAUAUGGUGGAGGGCGAAGCACAAGCGUUUGGAUGAGCACACGCUUUGGAGGUCGCGCGGGAGGCCCUCGCGUAGACCUUCCCCCCUUCGUUGGGAACCUGAGAGGUGCCAUAAUUUGGCUCAUGAGAUGUGCCCCACGUGAUGCUUGGAGCAGUCUAGAGCCAGUGUUUUGUUUCCAGACGGUUGACGUUUUCAUAUAUUUUUAGCCUGGCCAUGUGCAUGCUCUGCAUCGCAGCGGUAAUUGGCGGUCAGGAGCCAGCUUGUGUGGUUGGAGCCAUCGCCGCUACCUUUGACCCUUCAGCGUUGCGUUCUGCACGCGGAUCUCGGACUUUCUCCAGUGAUUCGUCGCCCAGUCGACUUGAGAACAACGAAACAACUCCUGCGACCACACGUGAAGAAUGAAGACUCAGCAUCUGCUCGCAAGCUACAUGAACAGGUUUCACGUUUCACUUCGAUGGCAUUUUAAGCCAGUCAGCUGGUAGCAGAAGCUGCGAUGAUGCUAUAGUUGCGGGGACGACUUCGGAUCACGCUGCUGCUUGAGUGCAUGCAUCUCCCAAGAGUAUGGCUGAAGGCGAAGGUCCUCGCAUCUCACGAGUGAUCGUGCGGACGCCAGAGGCUGGUGCGCAUUUGGCAUCAGUGCCUCGCGCGAUGCCCCCUCCUCUUGUAAGCUACUGACCGAUGGCAGGACUGCCUGGUGCCGGUGGCUAGAAUGUAACACAUCGUUUCGCUGAACUACUCGUCGGGCUUGUGAGCGGAGGGCAGGAUUGCCUGCGCUCCCUGCUUGACAUACAAGAUUUUAUCAUCUUCGGAUGGUCACCGCUCGCAUGCGUUUGCCUGGGGGCAAUAGCUCUUGGCCGUCUUGAAACCCUGGAGUCAUAGGGUAUGCGCAAAG